AUGACCGGAGAAGGCGGCAGUCGGCCAACCGAGAAACAGCUCGGCGGACCGACUCGCCAACUCUCACCGGACCUGGUGGCGGACCAGUUGGACAACGUAUCGCUGCAGCGCGGCCCGGAGCGCGUCUCCAACUCGAGCCUUUUCCAGCGGUUCCUGGAGCAGCUCAGCUCGCAGUGCAGCAGCGGAUCGAGAUUCAACUGCGAGGCCUCGGGGGAAUGUUGCUCGCCCUGCAGCGUCGUGCGGCGGCAUAUCGCCACGUACGUGGACGUCGCCAUGCUGGACGAGAUUCGGAUGUCUCGCAAGCAGGCCGACCUGUGCGGGUACCUCUACUGCAACAAGAGCAUCGCCAACCGCGGCCGCCGGUCGCGUAACGGGUCGACGUACAAAAUCGACCUGGCGGCCCGGCAGGUCUACCCGCGCAAGGUUUACGAGUCCUUCUGCAGUGCUGCGUGCAUAGAGAAGAAUGCCAAGGUGGAAGCGGCGGCGGCCAAGUCGCCCAUGGAGACGGGCGUCAUCACCCCGCGAGCCGUGCGCAACUCCAAUCCCAGGUCGUUGCAUGCGCUGCUCAGCGGCCUACGCCGCCUGCAGCCCUGCGUUAUCUCCGCCACGCUGAACACGCAGUCCCACACGCCCUGGAUCCCGUUACUGUAUCGCACCCGGGAGCCGGAGCGGGUCAGGGACAAGUACGUCAUGUUCAACUACAAGCCCUUGGCCGACGUGCGGCGCGUGCGCUUCGACCUCCCCGACUCAUCUGGAGAAUCCGGUGCAGCUUCGCACCGUGCUAGUGUGAGUAGCAAGCCCUUCGAAAAUGAGAAGCCGCGGAACGGCAGCGGUGCGACGGUCACUCGGCCCCGAGCGUCGGAAGCCGACGCUUCCCGUGCGGGAGUGACCUCGCCGGCGGAGGAGUCGGCGUUUGACUACAGCGGGCUCUACGACCCAUCUGAGGCCGUGAGUCCACGAGCGCCGCUCCUGAAAUGCCUCAACCUUUUUUCGAUUCUGUGGUAUACGCUGAGCACAUGCCUGACGUACAAGACCCGCGAAUAUCUGCGUUCAGGUGCUCUCGACGGUUGCAACCUUGACGUGAGUUUGAGUCCUGAGUCCCCUCAAUCUUUCACAGGACAAAACUCGACUCUGGUAUGCGACCCUUCUGCGCCACCUGCCCGAGGGGCUGGUACCAACGGUCUCGAAAGAGUUUGA